AGCAUUGUUAGUGUUCCUGUAAUGUAGGUUACUAGUGGUCGAAGAUGAAUAGUUUAAAGUGUUUUGCUGUUUUUUCAUUAAUCUUUAUUCACCAAUUAACUUUGUGUAAUGCUGGAGUGCUUAGUUGGUUAUUUGGCUCAUCAGGAGAACAGGUUUCGUCUGUUUUAAAAGAUCCUAGCGGCAAUUUUGAAAAUGAAGGAAACGAAGUUGGUCGCGCGAUACCGGUCCCUUUCGAGAUGAAAACAACUGACGAAAAGUUUCUUGCAGAGGCACAAAAAUAUGGUUUGCAACUGUCAGGUUUAGAUGUGUGUAAUCAUAAGGUAAUUAUGCAUUUAAAGAAGUCUUGUGGAACUAUGACAGAAGAAGAUAUUGGUAGAGUGAGUGUCAUGUUGUUAAAUUGUCAAUCUGCAGUGGAAGGAAGACCGGUAUAUAGAUGUACAGAUGAUAUGACGCUGAGGGAUUGCACUAAAGACAUGGAUCAGAACACGUGGAAUGCCUACCAUAUUGUUAGCAACAGAGCUCGAGCUGUUUGCUAUGCAGCAAGACAGCAACAGUUCACAGCCAAAACGGAGAUUACAGUAAACAAGUUGAUGUGGACAGCAGAAAAUCAGCUAGACAGUAUGAAAAAGUUGGAGGAAGGUCAAGAAAAGAUGGGAGACUUGACCAGCCAUACUCUUGAAACCAUGGCAGCUGGACAAAAAGACCUAAUGAGUCGACAGGAGAUACUAAAAUCCUCUCAGCAGAAAAUCCAGUUGUUCAUAACUGGUAAUAUGCGGGAACUCACCAGGGAAAAAGCACUGAUUGCAACAGGACAAAAAGAGCUAGCAGAAAUGACUGAAGUCAUCAAAAAAAAACUAGAUACUGCGAGCAAUCGGCUAGAGAAGAAUGAAGUAGACAGACGAAAGAAUCAUCAGGAAAUUCUUAAUGAUUUGGCUACAGUCCAAAAAAAAUCUGAAGAAGUCUGGAACAAAAUUGACAUGAGCACACAACAAUUUCUCCAAAACCAUGAACAGACAGUUAGCCAAUAUCAAGAAACCCUUGAAAACCUGAAACGUAUCAAUGAAACUGCUGCGUAUCUGCUGGAUCUUGUCGAUAAAACAAGGCGGGAAGUUGAUGAGAAAAUUAAUUGGUUGGCUGGUUUGGUGGAUGGAGCAGGUGACCAGCUAUCUGUUAUGUACACCUGCACCAUGCAUGGCGUUUACUUUCUCAUUACUGCCAUUGGUUCGGUGUUUCUGCAAACCCCCACAUCCUCUCGUAUAAUUCUUCUUUUAUUGAUUGCACUGAACGUUUUGAGUGAUGUGAGACAGGGAGUGAGCCUGGACUUCACUGCUCUGACAGUGAUUCUGAUUUCUGUUGUUUUAGUGAACUGGUUGGUGGUUGGAAUUUAUUCAGCAUUUAAAAAGAAGAAACAGCUGAAUGGAAGGUAUCUUAAUUUACAACAGCCUACUUAUGGAUUUCCAGCUCUGAAACUUCAGUCUAGUAAUGCUGUGCCUAACGGGCAUGUUAGAAAAGCUUUUAAACACAACUCUUCCCAAGUAGAAGAAGAGGACUUUUCAGAAGAUGAGGAGAUGGCUUCAAAAGCUCGGGAAAGUUCACUUGUUUCAAAAUCUAGUGAUAAACUCAUAGAAUCUUGUGUUCGGAGAAUCAAGGAAAAUGUAUUGGAAAAAUCCACCCAAAAACUAUCCCUACUAGCAUGUGCCAUAUUACUGAACAGUGAUCCGAUUACCCAUUAUUCAGAAUCUCACUUGCUAAGGUCAUUAUUUAUCUUUCACUUGCUAAGGUCAUUAUUUCCCAAAUCUCUGAAAAAUCACGAUUUGUUUAAUUUAGAACUACCAGGAUCACCAUUCCCUCCUACUAAGGCUGAAGUAGAUGGAGUUAGAAAAGAUCUGUUGUCUAUACUAGACAACAGUGGAAGACCACCAUCUCGUUCAUCUAGUCUUAGGUCCACCCCAACCAGAAGUCGUGCAUCAACACCAUCAAUCAAAAAAAGCUGCAGUGGAAUCAAUAAAGGGGGACAGCCAUGUAAGGCCACUUCCAUGUCGGGGAAAGAUUUCUGCCAUCAUCAUUUGAACCAAGCUGAUUUCACCUAGAGACUGGAUAAAGAAUUAAUGAACUCCGAAACAUGUGAACUUCUGCAAAAAAAUACUUGCAAAAGAAGCUACAGACAACUGUUUCACUUUCAUUGUAUAAAGCUUAAUUAAGUAUGUGAUCAUAUUCUUAUAUACUUGUGUGCAGUGCGAUCUAGUGUUGUAUUUAGCUUUUGAUUUUAAAAGAAUAUUUUGAGUAAGUUAGCUAGUUUAAAGAAUAGAAUCAAAGUGUUAUGUAAAUUUAUUGUAAGCAGGUACAUAUAAUUUUAUGAACUGAACGUUGUGGGAAGUAUUUAACCAGCAAAUAAAACUGGUAAAUAGCAUAGUAUGCAAAUUUUAGUAAUGUACUGUAUUGGUUGUCUCUUUUCUUUAUAGUUUUUAUGUAGUUUAUAAGUAUACAAGCUUUGAAUUAUGCCUCAUUCUCUAUAAAUUGUUUUUACUUUCGGUAAGGUUUAGUAUUGUAUAAUACCCAAUCUUUUAAAUUUUUUUUCUCUUUACUUUUAUUCCUUUUUUUAUUGAAUAUAACUUACCAUAAGGUUUUGUUUUGCCAAUAUAGAACAAAACAAAGAAUUUUCACAUAAAUUUGUGCCUAAGUUUUGUGGAUAGGUUAUUGGAUGUUUAGUGACAUCUGUGUGUGAUAGAAGAAACAACCAGUUUUAUUUUAUUUGUUUGUGUAAGUGUAUCAUUUAUGUACUAAAAGCAUAAAUUUUCACCAAUUAGUUAAUUUGGACUUACAUUCCACAAAACAAAAGCAUUUUAUUUUGAUGUUACCAAGAUAAAUGACACAUCAAAAAACAUUUAUCUUCUUCUUUUUGACUAGAGUUAAAAAGUUUUAUUU